UAAUAUGAAAAAGCCAUAAUGUGUUAUGAUCAAGCCAUUUCAAUUGAUCCUAAUAAUGUUGAUGCCUAUAAUGGAAAAGGUUUUGUCGCUAUAAUUGAAUUUUAGGUAAUAGUUUACGCAAAUUGAAAUAAUAUGAAUAAGCCAUAAUCUGCUAUGAACAAGUCAUUUCAAUUGAUCCAAAAUAUGUUGAUGCCUAUAAUGGAAAAGGUUUUAUAUUGAUAAUUGAAUUUAGGCUUAAGUUUACAAAAAUUGAAAUAAUAUGAAUAAGCAAUGAUCUUCUAUGAUAAAGCCAUUUCAAUUAAUCACAAUUAUGUUCUUGCCUAUUAUAACAAAGGUUUUAUACUUAUAAUUGAAUUUUAGGUAAUUGUUUACAGAAUUUGAAAUAAUAUGAAUAAGCCAUAAUCUGUUAUGAUAAAGCUAUUUAACUUGAUUAAAAUCAUGUUGAUGCCUAUAAUGGAAAAGGUUUUAUUUCGAUAAUUGAAUUUUAGGAAAUAGUUUACAUAAUUUGAAAUAAUAUGGAUAAGCAAUAAUCUGCUAUGAUCAAGCCAUUUCAAUUGAUCCUAAUUAUGUUGAUGCCUUUAAUAACAAAGGUUUAAUCUCUAUAAUUUAAUUUUAGGUAAUAGCUUAUACAAUUUGAAAUAAUAUGAACAAGCAAUCAUAUGCUAUGAUCAUGCUAUUAUAAUCGAACCAAAUUAUGUUGAUGCCUAAAAUAACAAAGGUUUAAUCUCUAUAAUUGAAUUUUAGGCUUAAGUUUAUACAAUUUGAAAUAAUAUGAAAAAGCAAUAAUAUGCUAUGAUAAAGCUAUUAAAUUUGAUCACAAUAAUGUUAUUGCCUAUUUUAACAAAGGUUUUAUACCAAUAAUUGAAUUUUAGGUAUUUGUUUACAGAAUUUGAAAUAAUAUGAAUAAGCCAUAUUCUAUUAUGAUAAAGCUAUUUCACUUGAUUAAAAUCAUGCUAUUGCCUAUUUUAACAAAGGUGUAUCUCCAAAGCUAAAUUUUAGGCUUAAGUUUAAACGAUUUGAAAUAAUAUGAACAAGCAAUAAUCUGCUUUGAUAAAGCUAUUACAUUUGAUCACAAUCAUGUUAUUGCCUUUUAUAACAAAGGUUUUUCUACAUAAUUUAAUUUUAGGUAAUACUUUAUACAAUUUGAAAAAAUAUGAAUAAGCAAUAAUCUGCUAUGAUAAAGUUAUUUCAAUUGAUCCAAAUUAUUUUAAUGCCUAUUUUAACAAAGGUUUUAUACCCAUAAUUCAAUUUAAGGUAAUUGUUUACACAAUUUAAAAUAAUAUGAACAAUCAAUAAUCUGCUAUGAUAAAGCUAUUUCAAUUGAUCCAAAAAAUGUUGAUGCCUUUUAUAACAAAGGUAAUAUUUUAUUUUUAUUUUAGCAAAUUCCUUAUAACUAUUGA